UAUGCGUAAAAACAAAAAAUAAACAUCGACAUCAUUUCUGAUAAUUUUGAGGUUUGGGAGAUUUGGGUGUAAAAAUCAAACUGUUGAAGUAUUUGCUGGUACUUAUUCGGGUUGCAUUUUUAUGUCAGUGUUUGGUGCAAAUCAUUAAAAUUCAGUAGUGUAUCAAGUAAAAAUUCUUGAACAGUCAUGACCACUUUAGACGAUAAAUUACUGGGAGUGAAGACCCACUAUUACUGCGACAGCGGUAGCGAAAGCGAAAACGAUAGCAGCGACGAAAAAGAACCAAAUGACAAAGCAACUUUGCAAGAUGAAGCACCACCUCCAGUAGACACCGAAUGGAAUGGUUUGUCGAAAAACACUGGUCCCAAAGGUGUUCUCGAAGACUGGCAACAGUAUCAAGAAUUAGCUCGCAAACAGCGAGAAGUCAGCGAAAAGGAACGAUUGGAACUAUGUAAAAAGUUAGCUCUAGUUUGCAGACCCGAAAGUGAAGAUAACGAUGAAUCUGAAGAAUUCUUACUCGAGUACCGAAAGAAAAGAAUGCAAGAGAUGAUGUCGCAGUUCGGCACUAAAAACGUAUCAUUUGGCUCUGUAUUUGACAUCAAGUCACCGAACGAUUUUCUCAGUAUGAUCGACGAAGAAGAUAAAACUACAACGAUUAUUGUACACGUUUUCGAUAAUAAUCACUCGGCGUGUAAGAAAAUCAACGAUAUGUUAAUUAUCCUCGCUGACCAAUACAAAGAUGUCAAAUUCUGUAAAGUUUUGAGCACAGCUGCUGGUUUAAGUUUGAGUUUUAAGAUAUCGGGAGUUCCAGCUUUCUUGGUUUAUAAAAAUAAACAAAUUAUCGGCAAUUUUGUCCGUGUCACUAAUGAACUUGGAGAUGAUUUUUGCGAAGGCGAUAUUGAAAACUUUCUCAUCGAGCACGGUAUUCUCGGUGACGGUGUAGUAUGUCCGGCGAUCGCCCAGUAAUUAUUUUUUAAAACUGUGAUUUCAUCGAAUAUAAAUGAAAAUAACGGUUGAUUAUACCCUUUCUCUCGUAUUAUGUUCAGUUUUGAAAAGUAUUUUCUUGUGAUCUUCACGUUAUUAUUUUCUUAGGAGUUUUUUUUUCUUCUGUUUUUUAAACAGAUUUUGAUUAAUUUGUAUGUACUUACACUUACGUGCAGCACUGCCUCCUUUAAAUUGGAUUUACAUGAAGUUUUUAAUCUAACGAAUAUAGUUAAAAUGAUUUUCGUUUUUUAAAAUAAGUUUCUACAUUUAAGUCUAGUCAUAAUUUAAAAAGUCAUUGCUCAUUUGUGAAGUAUGAUUCAUCUUGAAUGAGAAAGGAAAAUAUUUUAAAGUAGAUAUUUACAUAUUAUAAGAAGAAGCUGCAUGUUUCGUAAAGUAGAUCGUUCCCUGAUUGGAGAUUAUUGUUAUUGUGACUUUUUCAUUUUGGAAUAUUAUUCUUGUAUAAAUUAUGAAGUGUUUUGAUAAUAUAGUUUCAUAACGAUUA